GGUCAGGAGAAUGUGAAGUUACCGUUUUGAAAAAAAAAAAAAAAAAAAAAAAAAAAACGAAAAGCAAGUCCCUGUGGAUUUUUUGGCCCCUGUUCAUAUGGUUUAUUUGAGCUCUUUCGAGGGACAUAUAAAAGAGAGUUUCGCGAAAUGCUCCCCAGUCUCGACAUACAUUCAGUUCCGGGUGUAGUAGUGCUGUAGCCGACGCCACACCUCUUUACCAUCAUGUGUGACGAUGAGGAUACUUGCGCCCUGGUGGUUGACAAUGGCUCCGGCAUGGUCAAGGCCGGUUUCGCCGGAGACGACGCCCCUCGUGCUGUCUUCCCCUCCAUCGUCGGCCGCCCACGUCACCAGGGUGUGAUGGUCGGUAUGGGUCAGAAGGACGCCUACGUCGGCGAUGAGGCCCAGAGCAAGAGAGGUAUCCUGACUCUCAAGUACCCCAUUGAGCACGGUAUCAUCACCAACUGGGACGACAUGGAGAAGAUCUGGCAUCACACUUUCUACAACGAACUUCGUGUUGCCCCUGAGGAGUCCCCCACACUUCUCACUGAGGCUCCUCUUAACCCCAAGGCCAAUCGUGAGAAGAUGACCCAGAUCAUGUUCGAGACCUUCAACACACCCGCCAUGUACGUCGCCAUCCAGGCUGUCCUGUCCCUCUAUGCCUCUGGUCGUACAACUGGCCUCGUUUGUGAUUCGGGCGACGGCGUUUCUCACAUGGUUCCUGUUUACGAAGGCUAUGCUCUUCCCCAUGCAAUUCUGCGUGUCGAUCUCGCCGGGCGCGAUCUGACCAACUACCUGAUGAAGAUCAUGACUGAACGUGGAUACUCCUUCACUACCACCGCUGAACGCGAGAUCGUCCGUGACAUCAAGGAGAAGCUCUGCUACAUUGCUCUCGAUUUUGAAAGUGAGAUGAACGUUGCCUCUGCAUCUGCUUCUCUGGACAAGUCUUACGAGCUUCCCGACGGUCAGGUCAUCACCAUCGGUAACGAACGUUUCCGUUCUCCCGAGGCUCUGUUCCAGCCUUCCUUCCUUGGAAUGGAGUCGGUUGGUCUUCAUGAAACAGUGCAUAAUUCUAUCAUGAGAUGCGACAUUGAUAUCAGGAAAGAUCUGUUCGCAAAUAUAGUUUUGUCUGGUGGAACUACCAUGUACCCUGGUAUCGCUGACCGCAUGCAGAAGGAAAUCACUGCUCUUGCUCCUUCCACCAUUAAGAUCAAGAUCGUUGCUCCUCCUGAGCGUAAGUACUCCGUCUGGAUUGGCGGCUCCAUCCUGUCGUCCCUCUCCACCUUCCAGUCCAUGUGGAUCUCCAAGGACGAGUACGAGGAAUCCGGCCCCGGCAUCGUGCAUCGAAAGUGCUUCUAAGCAGGAUCCCUGUUCUUGGAAAGAGAACAACAAAUAAAUUUUGCGGUCUGUUGCAGAAACGAUUCUACCAUGUGGAUUGCAUAUGCAUGCAAUCGCCUUUUCUGUUAAAAUAAUAUCAUUAUUACUGGUGAGAUAAUUUGUACAUCGCUAUCUUGCUCGCUCGGUGGUGAAUAUGCCUAAUGUCUCUGUCUUUUUUCUUUAGAGGUAGAGGAGGAGAAUAGCAAACAUUCUCAGAAUCUUAUAGAUAAUCUUUUAGAGAUGUGAUGAUGAAAAAUGAACUGUUUAUAAUAGCCAACACCUACGCAAAAAACACUUCAUAUCCGUAAUCUACAAGCUCAUAUAAAGAUAAUAAAAAUGUAGUAGAGAAAACGCAA